AUGUCGUCCUAUGCUGGGGCCUCCAUCGCCGGCGGCGGCGCUGCUCGCGGCCGCAGCCGCAGCUUCGGGAGUCGCAGCAGCAACGGGGCCGACGGCAAUGGCGCCGGGGUGUUCGUGAGGGCGGGGGCCGACAACGAGAUGUACGUGCGGGCGGACAAGAUCGAUUUCAAGAACCUGGACGUGCAGCUGGAGAAGACGCGGUCGCAGGUGUGGCUGGAGCACCAGCGGUCGCAGCGGUCGGCGUCACCGCGGCCGGAGACGCCGCUGCUCGAGUGGGAGAUCGACCUUGCCAAGCUCGACAUCCAGAACCAGAUCGCGCAUGGCACCUUGGGCGUCGUCUACCGCGGCACCUACGACGGCCACGACGUCGCAGUGAAGGUUCUGGACUGGGGGCAUGAUGGGCAGGACACGGCGGCGAAGCACCGCGAGGCCUUCGAGAAGGAGGUCGCCGUCUGGCAGAAGCUUGACCACCCCAACGUCACUAAGUUCGUGGGCGCGUCGAUGGGGACGUCGCAGCUGAAGAUCCCCAAGCAGGGGUCCACCUCCUCCUCCUCCUGCGGCGGUCGCACCGCGCCGAACGAGUGCUGCGUCGUCGUGAUCGAGUUCCAACACGGUGGCACGCUUAAGACGCUGAUGUACAACCACCGGGACAAGAAGCUUUCCUACAGGAAGGUCGUCCGGCUCGCGCUCGAUCUCGCUAGAGGGCUGAGCUACCUGCACUCGAAGAAGAUCAUGCACCGCGACGUGGAGGAGGAGAACAUGCUGCUGGACCGGAAGCGGACACUGAAGAUCGCCGACUUCGGUGUGGGGAAGCCGUACGACCACAAGUGUGACGUGUACAGCUUCGGCAUCCUGCUGUGGGAGACCUACUGCUGCGCCAUGGCCUACCCCAACUACAGCCUCGCCGACAUCUCCUACCACGGCAUCCGGCCAGACAUUCCGAGGUGCUGUCCACGGGCGAUGGCGGACAUCAUGACGCGGUGUUGGGACGGGAACCCAGACAACCGGCCGGAGAUGUCGGAGGUGGUGGCGCUGCUGGAGAAGAUCGACACCAGCAGCGCCAAGGGCGGCAUGACCCCCGUCGACGACGUUGCGCAGGGGUGCUCCUGCUUCGGCUUCAACCGCAGCGUCGCCUAG